AGACUGAUGUAGAGAUCUGUUUGAUUGAUGGCAGUUGCAAAAGUCCCAUUGAAAGAUUUUGGAAUGGAAGCAAUAGGAUGUAUAUUUUGCAGAAAGCAAGACAGAAUGAAGAAAAUGGCUCAAUGGAAGAAUCAGAAAUAGAUGAUGCUAUUUGUGCCUCUGAGCUUUUACCAAAGGAGAGUUCUGGACCAGUGGCACUCUCUUACAGGAGAGCAAAGCAGUUGAUUUCCUUAUAUGCGUUGGCACAAAAUCCAAACAUGACCCACUUGAAGAUACCUGAACUGGUUGUGCUUCCUCCCAUCUGGAUAAGGUGUGAUGGUUCUGAUCCUGAACAUACUUAUUGGCUCGGAGCUGAGCCUCUCAAAGCUGGGAACAAAAUCACAGGGAUCAAUUUGUAUAUGGUCACAUGUGAUGGUCCUACAGCUGAUAAAACCAGUUUUGCAAAUCUGGAAGAGCUCAAAAUGACACACAAAAUGAUGCAUCAUUCAUCCGUUGUGGUGACAAAAGGAUCUGCUCAGUAUAAACUUAGUAGAGCUGCUGCGAUGGAGGACACGAUUGUAGAACCCAAAAGCACUGUGUAUGUUGAUAUGACGUGGAACACUGUAAAUAAGAGUCUGGAGACACCCCCACUAACUUCAGCUGCCACUCUGAAUAUUACACUGGAGUCAGGGGACCCUGGAAGUCCUGUGUAUCAGCUCUACAGAGAACUGCAGUUUCUCCUUGCUUUGGCGGAAGGUUUGAAGAUGGGUGUGAUGGAGUGGCCUGAGCCCUUAGAGUCCAAAUCAGCUGUUGAACUGGUCCAGGAACUUCUGACUGACUUAAAGAACAAGCUGGAUAGAUUUUGUACAUCUGAAAACAAGAACGAAACAGAGAAAAUUGAAUGUGACACUGCUGCAGUGGAUGGUUCAAUAAAAUCAGUCUUCAGUGAGCGAGGAGACCUGGAUUUUGCUGAACAGUUAUGGUGCAAAAUGAGAAGUGUCAGUUCCUAUCAGGAGUUGAUAGAAUGUUUCACACUGGUCAUAAAAUCCCUGGAACGUGGUGAGAUACAGCCAUGGAUUCAUCAAGGGAGUAGCAGUUUGCUGAGUAAAUUGAUUGAACAGUCUUACCACGGAAAGAUAGAGGUCGUUCCCCUCAGUGGCAUCACUCCCAUUCAAAUGCUCUUGGAGAUUGGAUUAGAUAAGAUGAAGAAGGACUAUGUCAGUUUUUUCAUAGGCCAGGAACUUGCAACAUUAACCUACUUGGUGAGAUGCUUUAUUUUAACUUUCUUUUUUUUUUUUUUUUUUUUUUUCCACUCUGAAAGCAGUAUAGAGUAGAGCACACUUAGCUGAUGGUGGGCCGUGAGUCGUACCAUUCCUAAAGACUGAGAAACUGAAUUGCAAACGAUGAGGAUGAAACAAUAUAGUGCAGAAAUGUCAUGAUGUUGUUUUCUCAUUCG